AUCAGGGUGGGGGAAGGGCCUUCUAGGCAGAACAGCAGCCUGGAGAGCGGGCCUGGGCCAGGCUCUGCGUGGCUGUCCAAGGCCUGCCGGAGGGAUGUUUGUCCUGGGAGAGUGAGUGAGGACUCAGUGCUGGGCAUGGUGGGACACGGCCAGAGCUCCUACUGCAGUGGCGGCUCCUGGGAAACAGCGGAAACCUGUUACGGGAUUGUGAUCGCGGGCGGGCGCCCUGCAUCCGCCAUGUGUUUGGAAGCGGUGGACUCUGGUGCUCAGCUUCCCUGCCAGAGCCCCUGCUGGUGGUGGACGGUGGUUAGGCAGCUGCAAGUGUAGCCAGGGCCUCGUGCUUUAGAGUCAAUGAUUCAGGUUCAACAUUUUCCGGUGAAAGAACUCUAUGUUUUAAUAUGAACGUAAUGUGUAAACUUAUUUGUCAGUUAGGUGACUUGACUUUUUCUCACCAGACCCUUCCUACUAGUGGCUCAGGGAGACAGUGUGCUCUGGCCAUGGCUGUCAGGACCCACCGCCUGGGGCCAGUUGGGGGAUGGAAAGGGUGCCAACUGGGGAAGCAGUUCGACUUGGUCGCCGCUCCCAGAUUCACCAGGCGUUUCUGCUGUGAACCGUGCGAGGAAAUACGUGGGAACAUCCCACCAUCAGAAGUGCCCACCUCUUGUUGAGCACCUGUUAGGUGCCAGGCCCUGAGCGAGUCCCAGCUCUGCCACUUCCACUCGGCCCUGCUGCGGGGCAGGCGGAAGCCCUGGCCGUCCCCUGCCGCCUUCUUCAGGAGAAGCUUUGAGGCGCCACCUGCAAGGUGGCCCUCGAGACCCCAGCCCUGGUGGAAGAAGGCACUCUCCGCCACGGCGCUGGGGGUGCCCCUGCUCCUCGGGGCGCGGUACCUCACAGCUGAGCCACAGGAGAGGAGGCAGAUGCGGCUCGUGGUGGACGGCGUCGGGCGCUUCAGCAGGGCCCGAAGCCCCCCUUCCUGUCCCGGGUGCCCCUUGGUGUGUGUUCAGGGACUGAGGGGUGGUGUGGAGGCAGGCUGCCCAGCCCACAGCCCGGGAGCUGAGACUGACCUGCUGGCCACGCAGUUCCAAGAGCCCAGCAGCACCCCCAGGUCUUUGAGGGUCGGCCUGCAGAUCUCCCUGGACUACUGGUGGUGCACAAAUGUCAUCCUGCGAGGGGUGGAGGAGAACAGCCCGGGCUACUUGGAGGUGAUGUCUGCGUGUCACCAGCGGGCGGCCGACGCCCUGGUGGCUGCGGCCAUCAGCAACGGGGGCCUCUACGUGAAGCUGGGCCAGGGGCUGUGCUCCUUCAACCACCUGCUGCCCCCUGAGUACAUCAAGACAUUGCGGGUGCUGGAGGACAGGGCUCUCACGCGGGGCUUCCGGGAGGUGGACGAGCUAUUCCUCGAAGACUUCCGGGCCCCGCCCCAUGAGCUCUUCCGGGAGUUCGACUACCAGCCCAUCGCAGCAGCCAGCCUGGCCCAGGUGCACCGCGCCAGGCUGCACGAUGGAACUGCAGUGGCUGUGAAGGUGCAGUACAUCGACCUGCGGGACCGCUUCGAUGGUGACAUCCACACUCUGGAGCUCCUGCUGCAGCUCAUUGAGCUCAUGCACCCCAGCUUUGGCUUCAGCUGGGUCCUCCAGGACCUGAAGGGGACCCUGGCCCAGGAGCUGGACUUCGAGAAUGAGGGCCGCAAUGCCGAGCGCUGUGCGCGGGAGCUGCAGCACUUCCGCUACGUCGUGGUGCCCCGCGUGCACUGGGACACGUCCAGCAAGCGCGUGCUGACAGCAGAAUUCUACGAGGGCUGCAAGGUCAAUGACGUGGAGGCCAUCAAGACCAUGGGGUUGGCAGUGCAGGACAUAGCAGAGAAACUGAUCAAGGCUUUUGCCGAGCAGAUAUUUUACACAGGCUUCGUCCACUCUGACCCCCACCCUGGCAACGUUCUGGUGCGGAAAGGCCCAGAUGGGAAGGCACAGCUGGUGCUGUUGGACCACGGGCUGUACCAGUUCCUGGAUGAGAAGGAUCGCUCAGCCCUGUGCCAGCUGUGGCGGGCCGUCAUCCUGAGGGACGAGGCUGCCAUGAAGGUGCACGCGGCGGAGCUCGGGGUGCAAGACUACCUCCUCUUCUCCGAGGUGCUCAUGCAGCGGCCGGUGCGCCUGCGGCAGCUGUGGCGCUCACACCUGCUGAGCCGCGAGGAGGCGGCCUACAUGCAGGACAUGGCACGCGAGCACUUUGAGGAGGUCAUGGCCGUGCUCAAGGCCCUGCCGCGGUCCAUGCUGCUGGUGCUGCGCAACCUCAACACCGUGCGCGCCAUCAACACCGCCCUGGGCGCGCCGGUGGACCGCUACUUCCUCAUGGCCAAGAGCGCCGUACGGGGCUGGAGCCGCCUGGCGGGCGCCACGAGCCAGAGCGUCUACGGCGCCAGCCUCCUGCGCCACGUCAGGGUCGCCUGGGAGACGUUCAAGUUUGAAGCGGCCCUGAGGCUGGAGACCCUGACGAUGCGGCUCACUGCCCUCCUGGUUCGAGUCCUGGUCCACCUGGGCCUCAUGCCCAAGACCAAGGGGCUGUACGAGUACCUGGAGACCUAAGGACCCCUUGGCAGGAGGACCACAGCGCUCGCCCCACCGCGGGCUGGGGAGCCGGCCAGGGCGGAGGCACGGAUGACCAAGACCGGGGGGUGUUGGGGGUGACUGUGGCCUGGCGUUGGGGGACACCCUGGGGCCCUGCAAUGACCACACGCUCUUCUCAAAUUAAACAAGUGUUUUUCUU